AUGACAGGAUUCGAGGAAUGUGUCACUCCAGAAGAACUAUACUUAAGCCAUAAUGGUAUUGCAAAUAUGGAAGGCCUAUCAACCUUGAUGAACCUUCGGGUCCUGGAUGUGUCAUCCAAUAAGCUUACCACAAUAAAUGAUAUUGAGAACCUGACACAGAAAGAGUAUCAACUUAUUAACCUGGCCACAUGGAUCAUAUUAGAAGAUCUAUGGCUUAAUGACAACCAAAUUACAUCACUAGAAGGUAUAAUGGAGGCAGUUGCUGGCUCCAACAUGCUAGGCUGCAGCUUCUUUCUUUCAUUUGCACAUAUUUAG